GCUAUAUAAAAGGCUUGGUGUUGAUGUAGGCUUUCCUCUCUGUCUCACUAUCAGGCUGCUGCUAGUCCCCUCUCCACCCUCCGCUCACAGAUGGCUGCUGUAAGAUUGCUCCUGUUUUUGCCUCUAGCAUCUAUUUCUGCAGCGCUACAGCUGGGUUUGCAGGCGAAGCUUGGAGAUGACGUCACUCUCCAUUGUCAGAUUACCACAGAUGAAAGGAUCUCAGUGCUGAAGUGGAGCAGAGCUGACCUGAACACAGACGGCUACGUCUACUUCUACAGGAACAAACGCUCCUAUGAAAACUACCAACAUUCAUCUUUUCAUGGCCGAGUGAAGCUGAGGGACCCGGAGAUGAAGGAUGGAGACGUUUCUCUGAUCCUGAAGAACGUCACGUUUAAUGACACUGGGAUGUAUGAGUGUCACGUAGCAGUGAGGAACCCUGGGAGAAGUAAAAGAGUUCACACUAAGAUCAGUCACUUCAUCAACCUCACAGUCACAGGUGAAACGCAUGAAAAUAUGCAUGAGAGACACAUCGUGGAAAGAGAAGAUGGAAGUGGAAACAUGUAUGACAUGCAACAGGCUGGAAAUCCGCCUGUCCUUAUGUUUGCUGGAGUUACUGCCAUCAUCAUCGUCAUCAUUGUUGUUCCUGCAUUUCUUUUGUUUGUGCUGCUCCUUAAAAUCAUAAGAAACAAAAAACUAGCUGUGCCUCCUAAUCAGGAAGCUACUGGUCUGAAAUGUUAAAGUUUCUUUUUUUUAAAGAAACUUCAAACGCUGAUAUUUACAUUCUUGCAAUAUCAAUUCCUUUUAGUACAUUUAUCAAGUAAUCAAAACUAAAAGAACCUCGCUGUUUCGGUUGAGCAAUUUGACAGUAUUUAGAGGGGGAAAAAAAUAGAAAAAGAAAAAAGCACUCAAGUUGUCUGCAGAGAAGACAAACACAACUUUGCCAGUUGUCUAGAUAACAUUAACCUUAAAAAAAAAAUCAAAAAAAAAAAAAUCCAGUUUUAAAUUUAAAACUGGAUUUUUUUAAAUGCUAAAAAUAGGUUUAGACAAAGUAAAGGAAAUGACUGAUUCUGGGUCAGAAGUCAUCACCAACGAUGAUCCAGACCUCAGGAUUAAAAAGGAACAGUUUUAAUGAUAAAAUGAUUACUGAAGAUGUGCCGCUGGCCUUGAAGCUGAAAAGAGUUAAACUCAGGAUACAUUUCAAGUUGCUGAGUUAAAUAGCAAAGAUUUUUUAUUAAUUAAAAAAACUGAGCUUUUAAAAAUGUGUAGUUUGAGUUUCUCCUUUUCCUCUUUAACUUCAUUUCCCACAGUGAGCAUCUGAGCUUCAGCCCUUUGCACUGUUUCCCCGCCUUCUUUGAACUUUCUGUUUCUGUUCUCGCACACGCUCUGCGUAAAUAAUUUGAUUGGGUGAGCAGCAUCGUGUGGGAUAACCUAUAAUGCACGCGAGUGAUCUGUGCCAUCUUCGGCCAGAUUAAAAUAUAUGGGAAUAAGAACUGUAUGUAUGAGAAAAGGUCCGCAGAGUGAUCGGUAAUAGAUCUGGGUGCAGAUCCAGUCCGUGGUUUGCAUAUUGGUGAUGUGGCAUUAGAUUGAAAAAAAAUACUCAGUGGCUAAACAUGAAUUCAAACCUCCACACAGGUUUAUGUUAAAGGUAAAAACAGAUUUGUUUGAAGGUUGAUGUGGGAUUAAAGGAGUUGUAUCAGCUCUGCAAGCAGAAAACUGAACAGAACCUUAGUCUCAACGUCCUCAUAUUAAUACAGGAAGUUACUGAACACAUGAGACAGAAGCAACAUGUUUUCAUUAUGCUCACCUCAAACAAGCCAACUGAUGAUGCUCAGGUAACAGCAGUGGACGGAAAAAGGCUGGAAUUUGUAUUUUUGGUGCUAUUUUUCUUGGAAUUGUGUGAAUUUUCUUAAUUUAAAUGUAUUAUUUAAUUAAUAAAUUUUUUCCUGUCCUUUCCGAAAGUGUAGCAUUCAGGAUUGCUGAAGGCUAAAAAUGCCCAAUGGUUUACAUUCCCAAGUGGACCAUUAUGGCAUUUGCUACAAUGGUCCACUUGAUAGUUAUAAUUUAUUAAAACUUUAUUAGGAUUUUUUUUUUAUUUUGAGUUAUUACAACCACAGCAGACAAGAACAGGGGACAGAAAAGAAAAAGAGAGAGCGAAAACCUUGAAAAUCUUCCUCAACACCUGAAAUGAAAACAUACAAAGAAAAUAAAGUUUUAAUUUCAGUGGCAGAUCUCACACACGCUGCUCACUGCUGUAAAACUGAAAA